AUGGCAGGCUUGCUGAAGACCACUGACCUUGUGGGAUUAGCUGUAUGUAAGACUCCAUAUGAGAGGCUAAAAAUAUUCCCGGUUAAAGCGGAACCAGAUGUUAAAAAUCUAGGAGAGCAACUUCAGGGUGGCCAAAUAGAAAAGGUGAUUCUUCAAGCCGAAAAGGAACUAAGGCUGACAAGAAAACUGGUUCAGUGGAAACCAUGGGAUCCUUUAGUGAAAGAGCCUCCUGCCAACCAAUGGAAAUGGCCAGUAUAAACAGCCUUCAGUGACCUGUGUGUUGAUAGGAAACUGAUAUAAUUAAAUAUUUUUUAUAUUAAAAAAAUACCAAUUAUUAGCUCUACAACGUACAAAAACACAAUUGUUUUGAAGGCCUUUGAGAGUGACCUAAAGCAGGAAGAACUACAUCUCAUGAAAGAUAGAGACCACACUGAGUGAGGGCCACUUUUAUCCAGCUUUUCCUUCAUAGGCACUCUUAGUCC